AUCUCUUACAGCGAAUGCAUUUUUUGUUAGUUCCAGUAGGGGCGCACCUUUCUUGCGACGGCGAUCCUCUUAAUUUCCCUUGAGCUACACACGUCUUUCUGAACAGCGCCUCUCAGCAUCUAUUUUCUGCGAUAAUGGACGCGGGAUUCUUCCGCGGCACUAGUGCGGAGCAGGACAACCGGUUCAGCAACAAGCAGAAGAAACUACUGAAGCAGCUGAAAUUUGCAGAAUGUCUGGACAAGAAGGUGGACAUGACCAAAGUGAACCUGGAAGUCAUCAAACCUUGGAUUACUCAACGAGUGACAGAGAUUCUGGGGUUCGAGGAUGACGUCGUCAUAGAAUUCAUAUUUAACCAGCUUGAGGAGAAGCACCCGGAUAGCAAGAUGAUGCAGAUCAACCUGACGGGUUUCCUGAAUGGGAAGAAUGCCCGGGAGUUCAUGAAGGAUCUGUGGCCCCUGCUGCUCAGUGCCCAGGAGAACAUUGCUGGCAUCCCCUCUGCUUUUCUGGAACAGAAGAAAGAGGAAAUUAAACAGAGACAGAUUGAACAGGAGAAACUAGCUUCUCUGAAGAAGGUUGAUGAGAAUAAGAAGGAGAGGGCUCAGUCAAAGAGCCCAAGGAGACGAAAGACAAGGUCUCCAUCACCACGGCGAAGGUCGCCUGUGAAGCGGGAAAGGAAACGUAGUGCGUCACACUCCCCAAGACGCAAACCCAGUCCACCUGGUGGCAGUUCACCCCCACCACCCCUGAUGCAGUUGCCCACAAAACCUUUGGAGCAGAUUGUGGAGCCAGAAAUAUCAGGAAGAACGGUGCCAGAACCAGUCAUCCAAGAAGCCACCUGUGAUACUGUUGUGGAGGUGGUGAAAGCAGACUCAGUAGCUGAAGUAAAGGAACCUUCACCAGAGAAGACUCAAAAGAAAGAGGAAAGGCCCAGGUCCCGGGAAAGGGAGAAGGAAAGCAGGAGGGAACGACCUCACCACCGCUCUCGUUCUCAUUCCCGCUCUCGCAGACGUCGCUCUCGUUCCAGAUCUUACUCCCCUCGUAGAAGACAAAGUCCAAGGAGGAGAAUGUCACCUCGUCGAAGGAGCCCCCCACGACGUGGCCCAACCAGCACCAGACACAGACAUAGGCGCUCUCCUGUCCGCAGGAGGCGCUCUCGCUCGGCUUCAUCCUCUGGCAGCAGCUCCUCUGGCUCUCGCUCACCUAAAAAAGCAAUGAAAAGAAUAUCUAGCACACCACCCCGAAAAAAGGCCCUUCAUCCUGACACCUCUGUGAGCCCCGCAGGCAAGAACAGACGAUCACCGUCGCCACGGGCCAGGCGGGGCAGAGGCUCUGCAUCACCAACUAGAUCAUCUGAUUUAAAGCGAAAACCAGGAAGGGGAGAUUCUCCAUCUGAUAAUGCCAAGCCCAGACCUUCUGAAGGGUCUGAGUCGGAGGAGGAUAAAAAUGAGAAAGGGGCAACAGCAGAUUCGGUGCAGCAGCGACGUCAGUAUCGCAGACAGAAUCGACAGUCGUCUUCAGAUACAGGAUCUUCCUCCUCAGAAGAUGAGGGUCCCAAGAGGCCAACAGCAGGGCCCGGUGCCAGAAAUGGUGAAGUGAGAAGGAGACGUAGUCGUACCCCUUCCCCGCGAAGGCGACACAGGGAUAUCUCUCCAAGGAAAAGGCGUUCGCCAUCUCCUGGACGCAGACGUCGCACCCCCUCUCCCCCAAGACGUCGCAGAUCUCCCUCUCCUCCUCGACGAAGGUCUCCUUCCCCACCUCCCCGUCGUCGUUCUCCAUCCCCAAGACGAUAUUCUCCUCCUAUCCAGCGUCGUUACAGCCCCUCACCUCUGCCUCCACACAAGAGGAGGAUGUCCAGUUCUCCCCCAAAACGCUCUUCUCCAGUGGCCAAGCGACGCCCCUCCAGGUCCCCCAAGCGCAGAAGCUCUCCUGCUCCAAGGAGACGCACCCCGCCAUCCUCCGCUUCUCCACCCAGACACAGGAGGAGCCCCAUGUUGCCUUCUGUCAGGCCAAGCAGGGAUGCGCGAUCACCUGGUCCAGCAGCCAGCCGCCUCUCCCCGUCCCCUGCAAACCGCAGUCGCGCUGUUAGGGGAUCCACCAGUCCUCAUAGGCGCUUUGAAACGUCCAGUACAUCUCCAUCUAACCAGCGGAGACAGCAGUCCCCUUUACACAGUGGCAAACCCAUCCGCAGAGUGUCCCGUACCCCAGAGCCACGAAACAGCCAGAGACCGUCUCCAAGUCCCCAGCCUAUGAGGAGAGCAUCCUCCAGAUCCAGAUCAGUUUCCCCUCAGCCCACAACUCAGAAACGACCAGCCCCUGCAUCUGCUUCACCCUCACCAUCUCGCUCAGCCAGUGGGUCUCCACCACCACCCAAAAAGGCCAGCAGUGCUUCUGGCAGUCAGUCCCCAAGCAAGAAUUCAGAUGUUGACGGCGGUGGAAAGAAGAAGAAAAAGAAGAAGGAAAAGAAACACAAGAAAGAGAAGAAACACAAGAAGCACAAGAAGCAUAAGAAGGAGAAGAGUGGUGGCACUGCGACUGUAGAUGGACAGGAAAACCAAGGUGUGGAGGAGGAUGGGGAGUCCAGAAAGGAAUCAGACAGCGAUGUUGAGGACAGCUUGGAUGACCUGGAGAAGCACCUAAGAGAGAAGGCACUGCGCUCCAUGAGGAAGGCCCAGAUGUCUCCAUCGCAGAUGUCCUGAAAAUGAGGGCGUUUUGAAUUUUCCACUCACUCUUGAUGUUUGUCAUCAACCUGGUUCAGCUUUAGAAUGUACAAAUUGUUAAAUCCUGAGUCUUUUGUUUUCUUUUUACUGGUUUGGUAUAUUCUCAAGUGUGUGUUUCAUUAAGAACUUGAUUUGUCAGUUAGUGUAUUAUCUAAACUGUAAAGAAGCUUGUGUUGUCCAUAAUUUUAAAAUGUUCAGCAGGAGAGCAGUUAGGUGUCAGAGGUUUGAGUUGGGCAGGCUUAUAAUAUUUUCCACAGGCUACAAUAGAUUUUUUUGAGAAAUGAUUGCAUGUGCAGUGAUUGUCUCUAAUGUGCAUGAGCCACUGACCUUAUAGAGUGCAGAGAAAAACCAACACACAGAACUGUACUGUUACUAAUGCCUUUUAUUAGUGGAAACACUUUAACAGCUGUGUGAACUGUUAGAGGUUGUAACAGAAUGUCUUGUUCCAUAUUAUGACUGAGUAGAGGUGUUUGGCAUUGUUUAACCUGCUGUCUUCUGACUGAGACAUGUUCUUGUGUCUCAAGACUCAAACAAUCUGAUAUGACACAGUUUGCUUUAAAUUAUUCCAAAAGGAUUGAUAUGCAAUUUUACGUUGACACCAUUGCACCAAGCUAAUCUCUGUGGGACUGCUAUAUGAUUUGUAUUUAGUACCCUUGGCUCUUGUCAUACUGUCAUCCUUUCAGAAUUAAAACCUUUUUAUAGGA